UUCCCUGUGCAGAGAGAGCCCAGACAGGCAGGCAGAUCACAGCGAGAAGAAGAAGAAGAAGAAGAAGAGAGAGCCCGAGAGAGUGCGAUCUACUCCUCCUCCUCGGCUCGAUAUAUCCAUCCGAAUUCCAAAGGUGGUGAGGUGAGCUCGGUUUCACCGCUCAUUCCUCCCACAAUCAUUUCCUCCACGCCUUCUCUCUCUCACUAGAUGCAUAUAAUUCGGUUGCUUCCUUGCCUUUAGCCAUCAUCACCUCCAUCUUCUUCAUCUUCUUGCUAGCUACAAAUGAGAGCUUAGCAUGUGUAGUGGCACAAGCUCACUCACUCACUCACUGACAGUAUCGGUUGCCUAGCUAUAGCCUAGCUAGCUUCACUUGACCUAGGUAGAUAUAGUAGUUCUUUGGCUUCUUGCCUACCGCGUUCUUGGUGAUCGUUGGUGUUCUAGCUAACUUCAAAUGGGGCUCGAGCUUGAGCUGUCGUCGGAAUUGGCCGCGCUCCGGCCGAUCCGGGUGACGGCGGCGGCGGCGGCGGCUGGGAGCGGCGCCGCGACAGCACGGCCGGACGACGCCGGUGUGCCGGAGGAGAGUGGGUCAGCUACCGUGCGGCAAGGUGGUGGUGGUGGUGGUGGUGGCGCGUCGGUGUCGGCGGCGGCGGCGGCGGUGGUCGAAUCGUCAGAUGGAUGCGUCACUCCGACGUCGGCCGGGAGCGCGCUGCGGCCGGCGACGGUGUGCCCGCCGGCGCCGCGGAAGCCGAGGCCCGCGGGGAAGAGGAUGACGAAGCGCUGCUGCUGCGGCGGCGGCGGCGGCGGCCGGCCGCGGCGGCCGUUCUUCCCGGUGCCGCACGACCUCGCCGCCGUGUUCGUGGCGCGCGCCCCGGCGGCCACCACCUCGCCGCCGUGCCCGCCGCCCGCCAAGAAGAUCCGCGUCCACGCCGUGGGGUGAUCCGUCUCGCUCGCCGUCGCCGCUGAACGACGACGAUCUCGCUAGAUCACCUUCGCGUCGAUCUGAACGCCAUUGCCACAGCUGGAAGAGUGGGAUAGAUACUACUCGAAUCUCCAAGAAUGGCCAUGAAUUCCCAUACGUACGACAUGUGUGUGCUGCCCCGACAAGUUUGGUUAGUUUCAGAAUUUGCAGUGGCUUAAUUUCUUCUUUCUGAGACAAGAACAUCAUGUCCAAAUAAUCGAAUUGUAAAUACUUCUUGCUCAGACUGCGCGAAAAUGUCAUCGCGCAGGUCAGAACGAAGAAUUCAAGAUCAACUCCUGCAAAAUCGCUGUUCACAGUUGAUCAUGUUGAUAUAUAUAAUUUGCUCCAAAUUGUUGUUAAUUGUGUCUAAA